CAGGUACACCUCCACCCUCACCCUUCCUCGCCUGAAGCCCUUCGAGGCCGGCCACUACUCCUUCCAGGCCAGAAAUGCCAGAGGCGAGGAGACCCUGACCUUUGAACUCACCCUUCUAUACCCCCCAGAGGUAGAGGUCACGUGGACCCUCAUCAACGGCUCUAAAACCCUGCUCUGUGAAGCCUCAGGGUACCCCCAGCCCAAUGUGACGUGGGUGCAGUGCAGGGGCCACACGAAUAGAUGUGAUAAGACCCAAGUGCUGGUCCUGGACGACCCAAACCCUGAGGUCCUGAGCCAAAAGCCCUUCCACAAGGUGACCGUUCAGAGCCUGCUGGCCAUUGGGACCUUGGAACACAACAGGACGUACGAGUGCAGGGCCUACAACAGCGUGGGGAACAGCUCCCAGGCCUUCGGGCCUGUCUCUGUAGGAGCCUACAUGCAGCCCCUUGAUGAGCCCCUCUUCACGCCGGUGCUGGUGGCCUGCAUGUCCAUCAUGGCCUUGCUGCUGCUGCUACUCCUGUUGCUUUUGUACAAGUGCAAGCAGAAGCCCAAGUACCAGGUGCGCUGGAAGAUCAUUGAGAGCUAUGGGGGCAACAGCUACACCUUCAUCGACCCAACCCAGCUGCCCUACAACGAGAAGUGGGAGUUCCCCCGGAACAACCUGCAGUUUGGUAAAACCCUUGGAGCAGGUGCCUUUGGGAAGGUGGUAGAGGCCACGGCCUUCGGUCUGGGCAAGGAAGACGCUGUUCUGAAGGUGGCUGUGAAGAUGCUGAAGUCCACGGCUCACACUGACGAGAAGGAGGCCCUCAUGUCGGAACUGAAGAUCAUGAGCCACCUGGGCCAGCACGAGAACAUAGUCAACCUUCUGGGAGCCUGUACCCAUGGAGGCCCUGUCCUGGUCAUCACUGAGUACUGCUGCUAUGGCGACCUACUCAACUUUCUGCGAAGGAAGGCUGAGGCCAUGCUGGGACCCAGCCUGAAUCCAGGCCAGGACCCCAAGGCAGGCACCGGCUACAAGAACAUCCACCUGGAAAAGAAAUACAUCCGCAGGGACAGCGGCUUCUCCAGCCAGGGUGUGGACACCUAUGUGGAGAUGAGGCCCGUCUCCACUUCAUCAAAUGAUUCAUUCUCUGACCAAGACCUGGACAAGGAGGACGGGCGGCUGCUGGAGCUGCGCGACCUGCUCCACUUUUCCAGCCAGGUGGCCCAGGGCAUGGCAUUCCUCGCUUCCAAGAACUGCAUCCACCGGGACGUGGCAGCCAGAAACGUGCUGCUGACCAGUGGCCAUGUGGCCAAGAUUGGGGACUUUGGUCUGGCUAGGGACAUCAUGAAUGACUCCAACUACAUCGUCAAGGGCAACGCCCGCCUGCCCGUCAAGUGGAUGGCCCCAGAGAGCAUCUUCGACUGCGUCUACACAGUUCAGAGCGACGUCUGGUCCUACGGCAUCCUCCUCUGGGAGAUCUUCUCACUCGGGCUGAACCCCUACCCUGGCAUCCUGGUGAACAGCAAGUUCUAUAAACUGGUGAAGGACGGAUACCAAAUGGCCCAGCCCGCGUUUGCCCCAAAGAACAUAUACAGCAUCAUGCAGGCCUGCUGGGCCCUGGAGCCGACCCGCAGACCCACCUUCCAGCAAAUCUGCUCCCUCCUUCAGGAGCAGGUUCUAGUGGAUGGGAGAGAGCAGGACUACAGCAACCUGCCAGGCGGCAGCAGCGAGCCGGAGGAGAGCUCGAGCGAGCACCUGGGCUGCUGUGAGCAGGGGGACCUCGCCCAGCCCCUGCUGCAACCCAACAACUACCAGUUCUGCUGAGGAGGUGACCACGGGGAUGUACUCUCUCUCCCCUCCUCCAAGGAUGGGGCACCGUGGGGAGAACACAGACUGUGCCCUUGGCCAUUUGCCUCAACAGCCCAGCUCUGAAACUCGGGAAUGUGGGAUCUACAGGAGGUUGGAGAGAACCCCACUCCCAGGGCCUGGGCCAUCACUGCCAGUCAGGGGCUGGGGCUCAGCCCCGCCCCGCCCCCGCCAGUUCUCAAUGCUGUGGCCUCAUGUGUGCUAUGCCAACUGGGAGAAUACCCAGCUCACUCUUAGCCUGGUCCCACUUCCUCCCCUCCUUCCCUCCUGUUUCAAGGGAAAUGGACUGGUUUUCUGACUGAAGUCCCCAGGAGCUGCCCAAACCUUGAGGAGAAAACAAGGCUCCCUGGCCCUUGGCCGAAUGGAAGAACACCUGCUGAGUGGAUCAAGGAGAGCAGGCUGGUGCUCAGGGCUGCACUUGGUUCAGGCCCUUGGAGCAGGGUGACUCCUCUGGAAGAAUCUAAUUGUCCCCCUCUGCCCUCUAAGCCUUCUCUCCACGGCCCUACCCACCCUAGGUCUGGUAUUGCUGCAAUGAGCCAGGUGGCAGCUAAAGGUUGGGGUGCUCUGUCCGGCCCCGCCCCGCCAUUCUGUGCUGGAAGGCGCUGGAAGGCAGGGGCCCUGUGUGGCUGGCCACACCACGCAAGCAGCACACACUUCCAGGUUGACUCAUCAUAACUAACAGUCACGCUGUGGGAUGUCUCUGUCAGUCAGCAUUAAACUAACAGCAUUAACA